AUUCCAAGGCCAGGAGACUGUCAGCUCCCUAGCACACUGCAAGGGCUAUGCAUAUAACCCAGCUGAAUCGGGAAUGCCUCUUGCAUCUCUUUUCCUUUCUGGACAAAAACAGCAGGAAAAGUUUAGCAAAAACAUGUCACAAAUUGCUAGAAGUGUUUCAAGAUCCUGUGCUUUGGUCUUUACUGAACUUUAAUUCUCCAGUGGAACUACAGAAGCACAACUUCCUCCUGGGACCUGCUUUAAAAUACUUGUCCAUCUGCUGGUAUUCAGUGAGAGUCAAGGUGUGUAACAUUGAGGACUGGAUGAAAAACAGUUUCCAGAAAGACUUCUGUAGCAGGCAUGAGAACACUGUCACUGAUUUUUUACUAGAAGUUGGCAACAGAUGUCCAAACCUGCUAUCUCUGACCCUCUCAGGAUGCGGCCAUGUCACAGAUGAUUGCCUCUUGCUUCUCCUCAAGAACUGCCCAAGCCUCAAGACCCUCAAACUGGAAAACUGCGCACGGAUCACGGACCGGACGCUAGAAGCAGCGAUCCUCUAUGGGGGGUCACUGCAAACACUGCACGUGGAUUUCUGCCGGAACAUAACACAGAGCGGGCUGGAGAGAGUUAAGGAGAAACGUCCCUCAGUAGCACUGAGAGCAGAGAGAAGUGCUAACAUGAUUCCAGACAGUAAGCCGGAAAAAAAGUUGGUGUUUGAAAAAUUGCCCAGAAAAAUGGCUCAGCUUUAAGUUACGUGGAUGGUUGAGUUCCACUUACCUCUGGUGUAGCACUACUUCAGCUACCCAUGGGUGCUCUGCUGCACUCUGGUUUAAGUCCAAACAGAUGGCUGAAUGUUUUCUAAAGGCUUCACUGGAAAAAAGGCAUGAAUUUUCACACCUUUUAAGGACAGAACACCUCUGCUUUUACUGUUCCUUGAAACUGGAAAAAUCAUGUGCAUAAUGCAGCACUUGAUUAAUCAAGUCUAAAAAUGUGAAUUGGAGAAAAGCAACAACCCGAAGACCCUUCACAUUUUCAUUGUGACAACACAGAUCAUUUUGGCAUUAAGGUACAAAAGUAAGACGUCUAAGAGGGUAAGACUUUACUUACCAGUACUCAUAACUUCUACAGUUGAACUUUAUCACCAAGUCAAAAAAAGGGUUAAAUCACAGAUAUAAAUCAAAUUUCCAGACCUGAACUGAUCAUUUGCUCACCUUUUCUCUGGAGAACACUACUGCUCAAUAUCACAUUCUACUCUUACCAGUCCCCUCUAGGCAUGACAGACACUUGUACUGCAUUGCAGGGCAGGUGGCUGAGCCAACACUUGCACUGCUAGGUCCAGGAGUCUAGUCUCAGGGACUGGCUGCUCAUCUUGUCUCUGCUGUAGUCUGCCUGCAUGUUUAAAAGUGCUAGCCAGCUGUCUGAUAGCCCAGAAAGGUUCAUCAUGUAAUUCUUAGGUAUACGGAGGGGGAAAUAAAUGGAAAAAGUGACUGGAAAUACACAGGAGGGAGAGAAGAAAUCAUCCCAGGUUAAAAACAGGGUAAGAAACAAAUUAGGGCCUCAAGAAGCAACAGCCUUAGAAUCAGAGAAAGGGCGUGCUUCUUCAGAGUUAAGUAUAAAGAAAGGGUAGGCAGCUGUCAACAGCUGCAAACAGAACUCACAUUCAACAAGAGGCUUUGAGCUUUUGAGUACUCUCCUAUACAUUACUUCUCCAGCACAAUAUGUGUGACAAACAUUUUUCAAGCUGUUUUUCUCUAUUGACGUUUAGCAUUUAAUGCUUUAAGCAUAUCCUGUUCCAUACUUCAUUAAUCUAUAAAGGGACUACACAAACACAUUCACACACCUGUUCCUACCUCUGCUACACAUUUCUUUCACUGCUACAGUCAUACACGUUUCAUCCAGUGCUAAAAAGCAGAAGGGAAAUGAUGAUGCUUUGAAAAAGCUCACAGCCUACCCUGCUGCAGCCUGCUGCAGCAACUCCAUCAUUAGCAAGUUACAGGACUGAGCUGCAUGCAUUUUUUAUUGUACGUGUGUAAACCUACAUAUAGGUAUAGAUGCCUUAAACUACAGUAUGUAUGACUUAUACUACAGAAUGCAGAUACACACUGGUAAUAUUUACUCUCUUUUUUCUAUACAAAGAUGUUUGCAUAUGUAAAAUACUCCUGAACUGACAUAAAGUUAUAAUUUUCUCAGACUGUCUCCAAUGGACAGUAGAACUGAGCCAGUGCAUUCCCUGCCUUCAAAUGGAGUUAUGUCUAAGAAGCGCUAUGCAAUAAGGGUGAACACAAUUCCAGUCUCACUUUGAUGUCUGAGCAACAGAAAAAAAAAGCCAAACAGCAGAUAGAAAAGAAUGUGUGCACAAUGCCAUGACAGAGAACAGCUGGAUAAAAUAAAAAUAAGCACUUAGAUUAAAUUCAAAGAUAGAAUAUGCAAAGGACAAGGGUAAUUUAAAAAGGAAUUGCGCUCAAUUGUUUAAUGAACAUCUAUAUUUACAAACAUCAGCAUCCCCUUUUACUUAACUGCAAACUGUCUCCAAAAAUACCUUCAUUAUCCAAGAGCCAAAACACACAGUCUGUGCAAAGCUGAAUUCUCUGGCACAGUUCUAUUACCUUCUUUAUCUGACUGAACACGCUGGCAAACUGAUGAAGGAUAAAGGACAUAAAGGAGGUCCAAUAUACAGUAAUACAGUACUUGCUGUAGUGCAUAUAUACGUACAACACCUAAAAUUUAAACCAAGAUGUGAAUAUACUCCUCCACAACACAGUGAUGAGAUGCAAAAAUCUCAGUCUAAUUUUAAAUACGAAGCAGCAGGAAACUACACUUGCCUGACUUUAGUGCCCCUACCCUCCUUCUCCCAGGACUGUUACAAGGGUCCCUGUGGGUGUUUCAUGCCACAGCCUGGUUCUUACUCGUUGCUGAAGAACCUUUUGCCUUCUUCGUGAGCCAACACCGAGUCCCAACUGAAACAACUUCACCAGAUACAACCUGGAGCUGAAAUUCUUUACAAUUCUUUACUCAGCCCUUUGAGCACCACCAGCUGGCAGCCAUACACCAGUUAGUCUUGGACAACUGGGAAGUUUCCCUGAUAAUCCCUGCUAACCUACAGCAAUCACAGGCAACAGGAAUGUCUGUGUUCUUCUCCAGACUCAGACCGGUCGUGUACCAGGUGAGUUGAGGUCAAGGAAUUUUCUCACUCGCCACGAGGCCCCACAACACCCUUAUCAAGGGAUUCCGGUGAGAAGGAGGGGGAAAUCAGGCCAGGGCAGCAGAGAAACACACCCUUCUCGUCAGCCCGGUGACACUGUGCUCCUGAGCACAAAGCAGCAUUGGCACCUUGGCACAAAUUAUGGUUUUGAUACAGAGCCCGAAGAGGAUUAUUUUCACAGCACUUUCCUAAGACAGUGAAUAAGCAUUUCUUUGUAACGGUACGUCACUGCCCUAUCCAAAUAGAGAUGUUACUAAAUACUCACGAUUAUAAUACAGUUACAGCUGCAACAGAUACCAAACGCAUGUGGUUUACUAAAAUCAAGGGCAGACACUCGGAAUGUGCAUAAAAUCCACAUCUUCACCCACUAUCCUGCCCACCUUCAUUUAUUGGCACUCUGUUUUUGAGUCACAGCGGCUGUGUAUUAUUACUGUCAACAAGGAAUACUCUGGAAAAGAAAAGUGUCCAAAUGAAAGUCAAGAAGGAAUCACGCACAACUUUAACUUGUAUUGAAGUACAUGGUAUAAAUAGUGGUACACCUGAACACGCCCUCAAAGACAUUAAGAACGCAGGGCACAGUCCUAUCCAUCAGACAGUAGAAGAUAAACAUUUCAGGGUGUUCCAAAAAGCAUGUCCUGACUAAACAUGGUAACACUACAAUUUCCUGAGACAAAACGAAGUAUGAAGACUAAGUAAACCAAUGCACAAUUCACAAAUGCAUCCAAGCAACCAAUUCUCGAAUUUGCUUUAUUUUUCUCUGCGUAAGGAACCCUGCACAGGCAAUUCAAAUUAGAACAAAAUAAAUAUGUGAAUAUUCAUGUAAAACUGUCCUUGCUAAUGAACAAUUAUACACAAUGUACAACCCUUCAUGUUCACUGGGAGGGCUUACAAAUGUACUAUUCCCAACAAAAAUGCACCCAAAUGUCUCCAUGCAAACUUAUCAAAAGUGACCAAAAAAGGAGAAAAAAAUUAUUGAUCAUACUUUUUUUGUUGUUUUCUUUUUUUCUUUUUUACAAUCACAAAAAAAUAAAAACAUCUAAUUUUUCGUUACAUUUAGAGUAACUAAAAUGUGGCCACUGUUUAUUAACAUCUGCUUUUAUGCUCCUAAAACAUCUAUGGUUACCAUAAAAUUAUGUCAACAACAAAUUGGACUUAGGGCACUAUUUUCAGUAAAAGGAAGAUGAUUUUGUUCACAGAAUGUUAAUAAUCUGUGUCUGAGCCCUCUGCAUUGUCCACAUUCCGUGAGAGCAUAUAAUUGUCCAUAUCUAUAGACCUGCAAUUAUUGAUUGCAUAGCGCAAACGCUCUGCCAUGAUUAGUUGACUGGAGUAAGGUGGGAGCCUCAGUUGAAAGAAACAAGUCUGUGAGGUAGGCAAGCUGUCGUAAGGCUGCGGAAAUGGAUAAAAGGUGGGACACUGGUAAGUUUGUGAAUGUAGUAAGAAAUGCAACAUAUCCACAAUUCAUUGCUUCCAUCUUCCCUGCCUCUAUCGUCCAGCAUUUUCUCAGUUUACCUCAGUAUUUCUCUUAAGAAGCAGACUGCCAUCCCUUGCUUACAUCUCCUGUUUCCUCCUGAACUGUGUGCCAGACUACUGUUCUAUCAACCUCUCUGAGUUAUUCAGCUCAGUAAGGAAACACAGCUACUGGAACUCUUGAUCAUAACAUUUAGCAACCCACUGGAAGAUAACAAACAACAUUCAAAUUUACGUAUCAUACCGUGCCUUGAUUGAGGUGACGUGAAAGACACCUAACCAAAGAUGACAGUCCAACCGCUGUUAUCUUUGCCCAAAUAUUUGAUUCUUACAGUUAGAGAACAUGCUUUCACCGCCCAAAACAACGACACAAUGCAAAGUGUAGGCAUCCUGUACAAAAUGUGCUGCAAGGAUGCAUACUGUGAAACUCAGACUUCAGAGUUUGUUAACAGUCAUAUGACAAACUUAUGGGAGUAAAAAUCAUCAAAUGAAAAAAGGAAAUGGAACAGAAAAUGACUGUAGAUAAGUUAGAACAGAAGAGGUUUGGUUUCCUCAUGCAAGAGCUUGUCUUGACUUCCAAUCACAGAAUUACGGUAAAUGCAUCACAUGAAUUCAUAUCCAAUUCAUGCAGUGUUCCAGCUUCUCCGCAAUUAAAAUCCUUCAUUUUAAUGCCUCAGGGAAUAUCCUACUCCAAGCUUUCUCUGUAAAUGUACAAUUAUGCAAACCUGGCUCCUAUUGCCAAAGGACAGAUAAAGCUAGAUAGGAAUAAUAAAUACAGAUAAUAAUAAAUAUUAAAAAAAGAAUAAAAAAAACAGCGUCUUACCCUAUCAACCUUCAUUAUUUGGAAUCGCUGAGAGAUAUCAGCUGUGUUGGCUGGCAAUCGAGAUCUUCCUGACACAAACCUCAUGAAAAGGACUCUCUCCUCAUUCGAAAAUUCUUCGAGGGUAUGCCAGAACCACUGUACGAGCUGAUGCUGCUCAUCAACUUCUCUGUAUCGCACAACUUUCUUCAGAACUUCAACUGAUAUUUCUGGCAUUCCACAGACCAUCUGCUCCAACUGCUUAGCAGUCAGAAGAGACAACAAGGGAACGGGAACAAUCCAAGACAUUCCUUCUCUUACAGCAGCCACCUAUUGCCCAAAACAGAAGAAACACUGGAAAUGCAAUUGUCUGACCUUUAUCACUUAUUGUACCAUCCAAAUAAAUGCAGAGGCAACGUAUCUGCUGAGGAACAGGGUAAAAGGAGAGAACAUCUGCCAAAUACAUAUGCAUCCCCUAUAAGGACUACUACAUCCUCUCUCAAAAUUCUGGAGAAUAUUAAAGAGGCAUCCCUAAGUGGACAGUUCUAUUACUGUGGCUCAGGACUGAAGAACAAGAAGAAUUUGCUAUGCUGCAUAAAGGACAAUUGACAAAUACAAACAAAAUCAGACAAAACAAAAGAACUCUACCAGGCAUUUCAAACUGACAGACUUUUCCUACCUGACACAUUUCUGUAAUAGUGUCAUCAAACACUCCCCCUGCAUCAUCAGCUCCUUCUCCAACCAGUUUCACUUUCCAGGCACGAGAAGGCAGGCGAAGGUCUGAUGCAUUCAGCUUUACCACUUGCCUUGCAAUCUGUACAAAAAUGGGUUUGCACUUCCGACCCCUUUUGAAAAAGGAAGACACAACCAUACAGUGUAACUCAUAAAGGUGUAUAGGUUACUGAAGUCAUUUGCUCACAAUGAAGAUGUACAGAGAGAGUUUGAUAUGCUAGAGGUUAUGGAAAAUGUAUGAAGAUCAGUAUUUGUUCGGUAUCAGAUACACUGCCUGUGAAAACAAUACUGACCUGGUUGAUAUUCUUUUUACAGUAAUCUGAGGACCAUAGUUUUUUCCCUGAACCAUGGUCUUUCCUAUAGAGCGUACCAUAGGGAGCGUGUACACUCGUGGUGCUAGCAAGGGUCUUAGCUGGCCUUGCACUAUCCCCCAUGUUCCAGCAUUGUAAUGAGAUGUACUGUUCUGCAAUAAAGCAGUAUGAAAAUAAA